UAAGGGUGCCACUGCCAGAAUGCCUCCUCCUGGUGUGUGUCUGAAUAUUAUGAAUGAACGCAAUAAGAAAAAUGGCAGAGGAUCUACCACCAACCCUGACAAGUUCCUGGAUCAAGACUUCGAACAGCUGCAGAAAUACUGCACCAUUAAUCGCAAGAGGUACAUCGAUGACAUGUUUCCACCAGAUCGUAGGUCCAUUGGCAACGGAGUACUGGAGCCUGAUGAGCUGGCCAGAGUUGUGUGGCGAAGACCACGGAAACUGGUGGAAAACCCUUGUUUCAUUUUGGACGGUUUAUCAAGGUUUGACUUUGGACAAGGAGCUAUUGGAAACUGUUGGUUCCUGGCUUCUAUUGGAGCGCUGACCUUUCAGAAGCACAUUAGGGAGCAGAUCAUCCCUGUGGAUCAGUCUUUUCAGGAGGGGGAGGGCUAUGUAGGCUUAUUUCACUUCAGGUUCUGGAGAUUUGGGAAGUGGGUAGAUGUGGUGAUUGACGACAAGCUUCCAACAAUUGAUGGGAGGCUGAUAUUUGUGCGCUCGAAAACCCCCAAUGAGUUUUGGGCUGCACUGAUGGAGAAGGCCUAUGCCAAGGUAUGUGGCUCCUAUGCUGACAUGAAUGCUGGCACUGUGUCAGAGGCCCUGAAGGACUUCACAGGGGGGAUCUACAGGACAUUCAAGCUGGAUGAAGCCCCCCCUGACCUGUGGGACAUCAUUUUGAGGGCUGCCCAGUCCAAAUCCCUCAUGGGCUGUGGCACUCCUCAAGGAGCAACAUCUGCCAACACUGUUUUACCAAACGGGAUUGUGCAGGGCCAUGCCUACACCAUCACAGGAGUAACUAAGCUAAUGACCAACAAUCAGUCUGUGAAACUGGUGAGAUUGUUCAACCCCCAUGGACACGGAGAGUGGAAUGGUAAUUGGAGUGAUAAAUCAAACAGUUGGCAAUCUGUGAGCCCAGAGGACAGAACAAAGUGCCUCUCAAUCACUGAUGAUGGCGAGUUCUGGAUGUCAAUGGAAGAUUUCUGUAGCAGCUAUUCUGAUAUGGAUAUCUGCUGUUUGUGCCCUGAUUUCCUCGAUGGGUCCUCUGAGUGCCACUGGACCUCCAAAUUCCACGACGGCCGAUGGGUCGCUGGAACCACUGCUGGCGGCUGCAUGAAUUACAGAGAGAGUUUCUGGACAAAUCCUCAAUAUCACAUCAAGCUGGAUGCCGUGGAUGAUGAGUGCGCUUCGGAGCAGGGACCAAACAACAUGCUGGUGUCUCUCAUGCAGAAGCCUGACAAGAGGAACAGGCAGCUGGUUUCCAACCUUCACAUUGGCUUCUCAGUUUUCAGCGUGCCUCCUGAGUACAAAGGGAAACGAGGGAAGUUACCUGCAGAGUUCUUCAUGAGGAACCCUGUGGCUUCAACCAAAAACUACAUGAAUGCUCGAGAAGUCAUGGAGUUCUUCAGACUGGUCCCGGGCGAGUACAUCAUUGUCCCCUCUACUUUCAAGCCCAAUGAGACGGCUUCCUUCAUCCUGGCCAUACUCUCCAAGUCAGACAGCCACCUUGAGGAAAGUUCCUCUCAUCAUGUGGAGAUUACUAAGCCCACUCCAACUGAAAACGGAGGUGAUACUGACUCCAAAGCAACCUUGUUCCGACAGUACUCGGAUCAGUACGAGGAGGUAGAUGCUGAGCAACUCCAGAACCUUCUGAAUGAGAACCUUCUCCAAGGCAAGUCACCGGGCUUUGGCCUAGAUACCUGCCGCAGUAUGGUGGCCUUGAUGGAUCUCACGGUCACAGGCCGUCUGGAUGCCCGUGAGUUCCUUCGACUGUGGGACCGAGUUGUCUCCUACAAAGAACUUUUUAAUCGUGCUGAUAUGACAAAAAAUGGUGUCCUCUCCCUGGGUGAACUGCAGAAUGCUAUGAUUGCCACAGGUAUACAGAUGAGCGAUGGCAUGCUAAACCUCAUGGCUCUCCGCUACGGUGGCUCAACGGGAAGCCUGACGCUGGAGACCUUUGUGUCACUCAUCCUGCGCUUGGAGUGCAUGUCCAGUAAGUAGCAGCCCGUCAUCCGUCCGCUUCCUCCCAGUCAUUCUCGUAUCAUUGCAUAUGUACAUUAGUAUAGGGUUAGUUAUGUGUUAUAGAAAUAGAUGACAUGAUAAGAUGGCCAGACAUUCUAUAGAUGUAUGUUCCCAACCGAAUUUUAGUUUAAUAUGACUUCACUUCAUUUUAGCAAGAUGUUGAGGGUUUGAUUAAAAAAAAAAAAACAUGUCAUUAUGCCAUGAAUAUUGGUCAAAAAUGAGCCUAUAUUUCCUCUAUUGUAUUGUACUCCCUGCUGUAUUUCUGUAGUGUAGUCCUACACUGUGUUAUGAUUAUGAUAAAUGUAACACCCGCUUUAUGACUACAUGCUC